UCUUUAAUUGAAGUUUUGUUGUGAAUGGUCCAGGCCUCUCGGCCAACUCAGGAAUCUUCAACAUGGCUGUACUUGUACCAGUACCGAUCUUCCCAUACAGAGUUGGACCUCCUCCUAUCCCUAUGCCAAUACCAGCUCCCCCUCCUCCUCCUCCUCCAAUACCAGACUACAUGAUGGAGGAAACGUUACAGGAAAAGGCACGAAAAUGGCAGCAGUUGCAGGUGAAACAUUAUGCUGAGAAAAGGAAGUUUGGAUUUGUAGAUGCUCAGAAAGAAGAUAUGCCUCCAGAGCAUGUCCGAAAAAUUAUUCGAGACCAUGGAGAUAUGACGAACAGGAAGUUUCGGCAUGAUAAGAGAGUCUAUUUGGGUGCAUUGAAGUAUAUGCCUCAUGCAGUGCUGAAGCUUCUUGAGAACAUGCCGAUGCCGUGGGAACAGAUUUGUGAUGUGCCAGUGUUGUACCACAUUACUGGUGCUAUUUCAUUUGUCAGUGAGAUUCCCUGGGUGAUUGAGCCUGUGUACAUCACACAGUGGGGGACAAUGUGGAUUAUGAUGAGGCGUGAAAAGCGAGACAGACGGCACUUCAAAAGGAUGAGGUUUCCACCAUUUGAUGAUGAGGAGCCCCCGCUGGACUAUGCUGACAAUAUUUUGGAUGUGGAACCUCUUGAGUCCAUCCAGAUGGAGCUGGAUCCAGAGGAGGAUGCCCCAGUCAUUGAGUGACUCUACGAUCACCAGCCACUGAAAGACAAUAGGAACAGAUACGUGAAUGGCUUAACAUACCGCCGUUGGCAGUUUACUCUUCCUAUGAUGUCAACACUGUACCGACUAGCUAAUCUUUUGACCAACUUGGUGGAUGGCAACUAUUUCUACCUGUUUGAUCUUAAAGCUUUCUUCACUUCAAAGGCUCUUAAUAUGGCAAUUCCUGGACGCCCUAAGUUUGAGCCACUGGUUCGGGAUAUAAACCUCCAGGAUGAAGACUGGAAUGAAUUCAAUGACAUCAACAAGAUCAUCAUCAGACAACCUAUCAGAACAGAAUACAAAAUUGCUUUUCCUUAUUUAUACAACAACCUCCCUCAUCAUGUGCAUCUUACUUGGUAUCACACCCCUAAUGUGGUGUUUAUUAAGACAGAAGAUCCGGAUCUGCCUGCUUUCUACUUUGAUCCUUUGAUCAAUCCCAUUUCACACAGGCACUCUGUUAAGCAAGAAUCUGAGUCUGCAAAGCAGUCAAUGAGCAGUAGGAGUAAAGUACUACCUGAGCAAAUUUGGAUUAAAGUUGAAGAUGAACCUGCUUGUGAAGCCAAAAAUACCCUGAUGGCUGAGUGUCUCGUACAGCUGCAUUGUCAGCAGGGUCCAUCUGAUGGCAGUGAAGCAGAUGACAGCAUACCACAGCCAGCAGGUCCAUUUGUUGGCGGUGAAGCAGAUGACGGCAUACCACAGCCAGCAGGUCCAUCUGAUGGCAGUGAAGCAGAUAACAGCAUACCACAGCCAACAGUGGAAUGUCAAGAAGAUGUGGAUUGCUGUCCUCCUCAACACCAUAAAGGACUUGAACAGACACCAUUAAUCAGAAAUGGUACUGAUGAGGAACUCUUUAGGAGCCCGAACCAUGCAGCAGAGGGCAGUAUCAACAUACCCACAGAGUGGGGCACUGUCAUUGAAGAGCCCACUGCCAUCAGCUUUGUAAGUGCCCUUAAAAUUCCAGGUGUGUUGGAGUUUUCCCUCUGCUUACUAUUUGCCAAGCUUGUCAGCUACACCUUCCUUUACUGGCUACCACUGUUCAUUCCCAACGUAGCACAUUUGGAUUCAAAAGGUGCUGGAGAUAUAUCUACGCUCUUUGAUUUUGGAGGAAUUUUAGGUGGGAUAAUUGCAGGUAUAGUUUCUAACUACACGGGAGGCAGAGCGACAACCUGCUGUGUGAUGCUCAUUGUAGCAGCUCCCAUGUUGUUCCUGUAUAACAAUAUCGGUCAGAAUGGAAUUGGAACCACAAUUGCUAUGCUGAUUGUGUGUGGAGGUCUGGUGAAUGGUCCAUAUGCUCUCAUUACUACAGCCAUCUCAGCUGACCUGUUUCAGCUCCUGCUUCACAUCUGGAAUACAUUUUGGAUCACACCUGGUUUCUACAACAAGCUUUCUGUACUUUUUAAGGGACCAAGAUGGGGACCAGGAAAGCUAAGACUGAGUCUUCCAGAGGAAAUUCCCAAGGUUUGCUGUACUUUGAAAGUAGAACCGGUAUACCCGAAGAAGAAAAACAGUAAUUCUUCAGAUAUGGGACUGAUGCACAAUUAUCAGUACAAGCAGAGGUCAUUGUCACCUUUUCAUGCAAAUGUCCGAGAGCAGCGAACAAGACAUGGUGGUUUACAUUGGUGA